AUGUCAUCGGUAGCUCAACGACUGGGGGUUUCUAAAUCAGAAUUGCUGGAUCCCACUUCUUCUGACGCCGCUGUGAAGCAGGCACAUGCUGAAACGCAUGUUAUUCAAGAGACAAAGGCAUACUUCGCUGCCAACGGAGUAAAUAUCGAUGCUUUCAAGCACCGGGAACGUGGAAACACUGCAAUUUUGGUCAAGAACUUCUCCUACGGGGUUAAGAGCGAGGAGCUUCGGAAGCUUUUUGAACCUUAUGGCAAGAUCAUUCGAUUGUUGAUGCCGCCCAGUGGCACCAUCGCCAUUGUCGAGUUCGCGAGGCCCGAUGAAGCGCAAAAGGCGUUUAAGGGUCUCGCCUACCGCAAGAUGGGCGACUCGAUUCUCUUUUUGGAAAAAGCUCCCAGGGACCUAUUUGAUCCAAAUGUAGCCCCGAAGGACGUUGCACUUGAGACGAAGGGCAAGGACCAGGGCUUCUCCACCUCCGACACCUUCGCGGCAGACGAAAACGAGGGCGCUUUCACGACCACCCUCUUUGUCAAAAACCUAGCCUUCGCAACUACCAACGAGAAGUUCUUGGAGGUCUUCCAGCCGCUGGACGGCUUCGUUACGGGCCGCAUCAAGACCAAGCCUGACCCCAAGAAGCCCGGUCAGACACUCAGCAUGGGCUUCGGCUUUGCAGAGUUCAAGACCAAGGCACAAGCCCAGUCAGCAUUAGCUGCUAUGAAUGGGUACAAGUUGGAUGGCCACGAGCUGGUGAUUCGUGCCUCUCAUAAGGGCAUGGAUGCUGCCGAGGAGCGGAGACGGGAAGAUACCGCCAAGAAAAUUGCAUCGAGAAGAACGAAGAUCAUCAUCAAGAACUUGCCUUUCCAGGUUACCAAGAAGGACAUUCGGUCACUGUUCGGGGCCUACGGUCAACUGCGGUCCGUCCGUGUUCCGCAGAAGUUCGAUCGCACAGCGCGUGGAUUCGGUUUCGCGGACUUUAUCAGUGCUCGUGAAGCUGAAAAUGCCAUGGACGCGUUGAAAAAUACGCAUCUUCUGGGUCGACGACUCGUGCUGGAAUUCGCAAACGAGGAGGCCGUCGAUCCCGAGGAGGAGCUCGCGAGGUUAGAAAAGAAGGUAGGGGAACAGGUGGACAGGGUCAGAACCCAACAGCUCACGAGCGGAGGGCGGAAGAAAUUCACUGUAGGAGGCCAGGAGGAGGAAGCAUGA